AUGCAAGAGGCCAUUGCGUUGCUGAUGGCAUGGUGUCACCUCUGGGCAGAGCCGGCUGAGGACUCGGAGGAUGAGGAGGAGGAAGAAGAGGUGGAGAAUAAAGACCCACCAAAAAAGCUCAAGAAGAAGCAGCCCAAAGAGCCCCCCUCGGGCGAGAGCCGGGAGAAGAAGCUGAAGCCGAAGGGAGACAAGAGUGACCCUGAUGGCAAAGACAAAUCUGCCAAAAGCACCAAGAAGGAGCCGAUGUCCGUGUUCCAGGUGAAUGGGGAGAAGAAGGAGAAGAAAAGCAAGAAGAAAGCCGCCACCGGCAGUGAUGAGGAGGAUGAUUCCGACGCCAGCACCAAACCCAUCAGGUCAGAGAAGAAGAAAAACCCCGUAUCCCUCUUCCAGACUGGUGGGGACCCCCCCAGGGAGAAGAAAACAAAAAAGAAAGCUCCUCCCAAAGUGGCCGAGAGCGAGGAGGAGACCCCGGAGACCAUGCAGAAAAACUCCAACAAGAAGGGGAAAGGAAAGAAAUCAAAGCCGAAGGAGGAGAGGCCCCCGUCGCCUGUCAUUGAGGUGGACAACCUGGAGGAGUUCGUGCUGCAGCCAGCGCCGCAGGGGGUGACCGUCAAGUGCCGGGUGACACGGGACAAGAAGGGGAUGGACCGGGGGCUUUACCCCACUUAUUACCUCCACUUGGAUAACGACAAGAAGGUAUUUCUCCUUGCUGGGAGGAAGCGUAAGAAGAGCAAAACCUCCAACUACCUCAUCUCCAUUGACCCCACCGACCUGUCACGGGGAGGAGAGAACUUCAUUGGGAAGCUGAGAUCCAACCUGAUGGGUACAAAGUUCACAGUGUUUGACAACGGCGUGAACCCCGACAGGGCCAGCGCCGACUGGUCCAACGUGCGGCAGGAGCUCUCGGCCGUGGUCUACGAGACCAAUGUUUUAGGGUUCAAAGGCCCGCGGAAGAUGACGGUCAUCAUCCCUGGGAUGAACGCUGACAACGAGAGGGUGCCCAUCCGUCCCCGAAAUGAUAAUGAUGGCCUCCUGAUGCGAUGGCAGAACAGAAACAUGGACAAUGUGAUCGAGCUGCACAACAAGGCGCCGGUGUGGAAUGACGAGACCCAGUCCUACGUCCUCAAUUUCCACGGCCGGGUCACUCAUGCCUCUGUCAAAAACUUCCAGAUUGUGCACGACAGCGACCCUGACUACAUUGUGCUGCAGUUCGGGCGCGUGGCGGACGACGCCUUCACCAUGGACUACAACUACCCGCUCUGCGCCGUGCAGGCCUUCGCCAUCGCCCUCUCCAGCUUCGACGGGAAGCUGGCCUGCGAGUAGCGCCGGGGCUGCCGGGACCGCCGGGGCUGCCAGAGCCGCAUGCCGGCGUCUGGUGGAUACUCCUGCAUCCCCAUCCUGCUCUGCUCCCUCGGUUUCCACCUUCUGCUCGGCGAGUGCUGGCGGUUACAGCCGCUCCUGGGGUGGCUCGAGGUGCACGGUGCCCGCGGAGUGCCGUGGGACGCUCAUCUGGCCACAGCCACCCUCUCCGGGCAAACGGGACAGAACUCUGGUCUGGGGCAGAUGGCAGAGUCAGGCCCAGGGUAUAUUUAGCAGAUGAGGCUGACUGUGAUCCCAAGCUCAUCCCUUUGAGAUGUUUCUUGGACUCGGAUCCUGGAAACUCAUCCCCCCCCCUUUUUUUUUUUCCUUAGAUUCUGGUUUGUAUUUCGUAGCUCAGUCUCUCGGUGAGAGGGAGGUUGGUGGUCUCAGUUUGUGUUUCCUCAUCCCCCUCUGAGUGUGCGUAGAGCCUAUGUGCGGCUGGGCUCUGCCCAAACUCCCAGCAAGGGACCCCCCUGCCCAGCUCGAUGCCCCCUGGGCACCAAACCCCUGUUUUGCUCCAUUUUGCCCAGGUGCAAGUGGCUGUACGGUGCCCAUGGUGUCUUUGCACGCCCCAAGCUCUCUACCUACUGGGUCUAACCCUGCUUCCUGGAAGCCUUUGGGGAUUUGGGUCCCUGAGGAGCAGCCUGGAACCCAGAGCACCGGUGGCACGUGGGCACGUGCCAAGGAAAGCCGGUGCCAGCAGAGGAGGGCUGGCAGCCACGUGAGGCAGAGCCGGCAUCGCUGGCACGGGGCCGGGCUGGGUCAGUGCUGCCAGGAGGGACCUGGAAGGGAAAACUCUGGGUGCACCAGGAAGCACUGGGGUGACUCAUGAGGUGCGGCCCUGAGUCACGCUCAGCACCUGGACGGGCCCUGCCGAGCCCCCCGUGUCCCCACUGCUCACCGCCCCGGCGCUCUGCGGCACCUCUCCAGACCCCACCGGGCUGGUGGUCCCACGGAGCUCCCCCACACCCUGGGUGUCCCCGCUGGUGCUUCCCUGCUCGUAGGGAGGUGGCAGAUGGGAGGUGCCACCCUGUG